GUUUAUUUUAUGGAAGUUUUGUUCGCGUGGGAGUGUUCAAGACAUUAUUUACAACAAAAGUAUGACUUUAGAUGAGAAGUUCCAUGCUGCUUUUGUUCGUGAUAUUACUUUGGGUUUAGAAUAUUUGCAUUUAUCAAAAGUUGGUUUUCACGGUUUAUUAAGUCCUUCUACUUGUGUAAUUGACCGAAAUUGGUCUGUUCGUUUAACUGAUUUUGGAUUGGCUACAAUGCUGGAAAGAUGGCAAAAGGAAGGGCAAAUACAGCCUUAUAAGGCCGAGGAAGAGGAAGAAGUUGUUAAAGAAAAGAGGCGGGGAAGUAAAGAAAAAUCUUGUCCAACUGCUUUUGAUAGAAGGGGAUUGAAAGCUAAUUAUAAUAUUUAUUGCCCGCCCGAAAUGUUGAAGAAUCGAGAACAAAAUAGACGUCGCCGUAUGGAUCAAAGUUGGAUUCAACAAUCUGUUAUGCGUAGACAGGCUGGGGAUAUUUAUGCUUUUGGAAUUGUUAUGUAUGAAAUUUUAUUCCGUGAUCUUCCAUUCCCUAGAAAUGUUGACCUCUCUGGUGUGGGGGCUUCUGGAGAUGAUGGAUCUAGACACAUUAAACCAACAAUUCAAGAAAAGGAAACUCAAAUACAUCCGGAUAUGGCCGCCCUUUUAAUUGAUUGUUGGUCAGAAAAUGCGGAAAUACGUCCAAGUAUUCGACGUGUUCGUUUAAAUACUGAAUCUGUUCUUAAAUGGCUAGUUUUUUUUGAAAAAAUUAAUGGCGGUUUUGCCAAAUAUGGCAGCAGUCCUUGCCUAUUUGGGAUUGCCUGUCUUGGCAAAGGUUCUUUAGUAGAACAAAUGAUGAGAGUUAUGGAACAAUAUGCAAAUAAUUUGGAAAAAGUUGUUCGUGAACGUACAGAAAUGCUUGAAGAAGCUAAUGCCCGUGCUGACAGACUAUUAAAUCAAUUAUUGCCACCAUAUGUGGCUACAGAAUUAAAGGCUGGACGUCGUGUUCCUCCAGAAACUUUUGCUUCUGCCACAAUACUUUUUUCUAAUAUUGUUGGAUUUACUCGUAUAUGUCAAGAAAGCUCUCCUCUUGAAGUUGUUACUUUAUUAAAUGGAAUAUAUGCUGGGUUUGAUGACAGAAUUCUUGAACAUGGGGCUUAUAAAGUAGAAACAAUUGGAGACGCGUACAUGGUUGUUGCAGGAAUUCCCCCACCUAAAGACCAAAGUGUUUUGGCACAAAAUCGACACGUUGAUACAAUUGCUAAUGUUGCUCUUUCUAUGCGUAAAUUUCUUUCUGGUUAUGAAAUUCCUCAUAGACGAAAAGAAAGGGUUAAAUGUCGAUGGGGUUUUCAUUCAGGACCGGUUGCUGCUGGUGUUGUUGGAUUAACUGCUCCACGUUAUUGUUUAUUUGGAGAUACUGUCAAUACUGCAUCGAGAAUGGAAUCAACAGGAUUGCCCGAAAAAAUUCAAAUAAGCGACCAAACUAAUCAAUUGCUGGCUACACAUUAUGCUGAAUAUGUUACUGAACAUCGUGGACAAGUUGAAAUUAAGGGCAAAGGUUUAUGUAAAACUUAUUGGCUAGAAUCAAAAAAUAUGAGCCAUUUAUCAAGCGAACAAAUGCAAAUUCAUUCAUUCCAACAACUUUAUUAA